ACUUUCAGAUCUUUAAAUAAAAUAUACUUACGCCUCAUAAAAUUAAACAAUAUCUAAUCUUUAUUGUUCAUUCAGAGAUCACUAACUUGGUUGUCAGUUCCCAUAGUUUCGGAAUUUCGGCUAGUUAGCAUAACUUAUGCAUUGUUUUUGGUCUGAUUCUCAUGUUCAUAUUUCUAACGCUAAUGCUGUGCCGUGUAGUGUUUGUGUACAACUAAAGGCUCCACAGUUAUCAGGUUCUAAAUAACAGUCCAUUGCUUAUUAUCAACAAGACCAUGUAUAUCGACUGUGUCAACUGUAUUCAUGAAGGUAGUAGUUGCAGGGAUUGUCCGCGUACCGCCUUUUUUAACCGACUUCGAAAAAAGGAGGAGGUUCUCAAUUCGUCUGUAUGUGGUUUUCCCUUCUUGAAGCAAUACUUUACGAUACCGAUUUCUGCGUCUGGGGUUCAGACAUACAAUAUAAAUAUGUGUGAUAUACAAUAUUAUAUAUCCCUAUUAAAUUGUAUGCAGCUUCCUACGAAUGUAGAAUCCCAGACAUGCACCUAACAUAAAUCGAGAUCAAAGGAGCCGCCAUAGCUGCGCUUGCGCAUCGGACCGGACAAUAAGACAACCUUAUUGCAAUUGCAAGAGAUAUUGACUCGCUCUAACCACCGAGACGGAUUGCCAAUCUCCAAACCGUUUUCAGGCUAAAUUAAAUCGACUGCUAUUUCCAUCUGUUUAUCUUAACAAGAUGUUAAAUUGACUUACAUUUUGAGUAAGAUACAUCGCAUUACAUAGGUAGAAGGUACUUUGACUAUUUAUUUCUGCUAACGAUUCCUCAUGAACUGGUAAAGUAGUACUCAACUACUAUAGUUAGAGAAUAAGAAUGAAUGAAUAUUUCAGAAUGCAAUCUGUAAGAAGUCAGACGUGAACUCGAGACAAUGAACACUUUCCUCUAGCACUUCGACAGAUUAAUCUAAAGAUGCACUGCUGCGGGUGCUGAGUGGUGACGUAGAUGCCGAAAGUAAUGGAUAUAUUGAGGACUAGCGUGGUCAACGUUGCCAACCAAUACAUAGUGAAAAGAAAAUGAUGAAUAUGGGUCACAAGAUGAGUGUUUUGUCAUAUUUAUCUAUCGUUUUGAGAUAUGAUUUGUAGCUAAAUUCCAAGAAGGUAAUUUUCAAAUUCAUUCUAGUUAUACAUGAAAAACUGUUCUUAGGACCUUUAAGUGUCUACCUCAAGCUGCAAAAGUAUAAUAACAGACAUUGCAAGCUCAGGUUAUUUACACCGGUACUUACUUAUCUUGAUAGAGACACUGUCUUGCCUUUCGCCCUAUUCAUCGCCAGCAGAUGUAGGGUAUGGUAUACGCCUGUUAAAUACCGUUGUACGACUAUCGAGUAUGCUGUUGUAGUAAGGGACGUCAGUUUAAUUUGUUCGGUUGCCUCAGCACAUGGUGGCUGGCCCGCCCCACACGGCCCGCCAUUAUUAUUAGGUCUUUUAUACAGUUUUGAUCGCUCCCGGAUCGCCUGCGGACGUGCCGGCGCGAUAACGACACCUUUUGACAGAUGUUUCCUUCCAUAUUAUUUUGUGAUCGAGGACAUUUUUGCUUGUAACUGUGACUGUUAAAGUAUUGGUUAAAACUUUUCAAUAACAAUCUACUUGAUGUUAAGUGCAUGAGACAAGGAUAUCAAUUUCCAAACAAUUAUCCUGUUAUUGAAGAUUAUAGAAUAUGUGAUGUGAGAAGAGUUCGCCAUGGCAGACGAUAGCACAACGCCGAGCGAGAGCGUCGGCGACCCGCCAGCCACCGCCGAAGUGGUGUGCCAGACUGAAGAGAACAAGACUGAGGGAGAUGUGAGCCCUGCUCCGGACCACGCGGCGCCCAGCACUGAGGGGCCCGACCACGCGGCACCUAGCACUGAGGUGUCCGACCAGGGAACGACCGACCACACGGCGCCCAACGAUGAUGCCCCACACUGCGAAACAGUAGACCAGUGCACCGGACCGGACAGUGGCAUCGCGCUCGCGGAGACCAUGACCGAGGAGGUGAAGACCUCGGAGAGCUCAGCGCUAGUGGAGGCGCUGGAGGAGCUGGCGGCGGCGGCGGCGGGCAGCGACAGCGGCGUGGAGGGCUGCGGCCGCGCGCUCAGCAGCGCCGGCGGCUCGCGCUCCUGCGCGUCCAGCGUCGUGUCGUGCGGCUCCGGCUGCGGCUCCGAGAGCUCCGGCCUGGGCCCCGCGCGCCGCCGCCGCCCCGUGGUCACGCUGGCCGAGCCGCGCCGCCCGCCCGCCGCCUCCACCCCGCGCCCCGCCACCGCGCCGCGCGGGCCCAACCUCGCCACGCGCGAGCGCGCCCGCAGCCGCGAGAAGCCCGUGCCGCCGGAGAAGCCGCGGCCGCUCACGCCCAAGCCGCGCAUCCGGCCCACCGGCGACCUGCCGCACCUCGUGCGCGAGAGCCCCGCGCUGCGAGCCAAGCCGACCCGCACGUCCACCGCGCGGUGCCGCACGCCCAGCUCGCCCGAGGAGCGGCGCUGGGGGGCGGGCGCGGCGCGGGGCGCGGGCGGCGCGGGCUCGCCCGUCGACAAGUACGGCUCGCUGGGCCGGCGGCGCCGCGAGGACGCGCCCUCCCCGCCCGCGCCGCCCGCCCCCGCGCGCCGCCCCGCGCUCGCCCGCUCCGCCUCCUCGCGCUCCACCACCAAGACCCGCGUCAGGAUCUACGCCGAGAAGAACUGCCAGACCGUGCUCAUAGGAGCGGACAUUGAGUCGGCGCUGGGCGGGAUCACACCUAAUAUUGAAAGCCGCACGGGCGUACACACAUGCAGCCGCGGCGUGCAAGCGUCGGCGCGGGACGCGGGCGCGGCGGCGGCGGCGCGCGCCGAGGCGCAGCUGACUGAAGAGCGCGCGCGACGCCGGCGGGCGGAACAAGCCGCGGCAGAAGAGAGAGCGGGGAGGCUGGCGGCGCAUGAGGAGCUGCAGAGGAACUCGCAUAGACUACUGGAGCUGGCUGGCGCUGGUGCGGGCGCGGGCGCGGACGGGUGUCUGCGGGCGCUAGAGGAGCAGCUGAAGGCGUCAGGAGACCUCGCCAGCAGACAGAGAGCCGAGAUCGACUCGCUCAGAGCACUGUGUGAUAAGCUGCAUAUGGAGGCGUCCCAAGCGCGCGCCUCGUCCCACCAGCUCGAAGAACGUCUGUCGGAGGCGACGCGCGACGCGGCCGAGAUGCAGGACUUCCUGGCGGCGGAGGCGCGCGCGCUGGCCGACUCGCUGCGGGACGCCGAGGCGCAGCUCGCCGACGCACACCAAGACCUGGCGCAGAGACGCGCGGAAUGCCGGCAGCUAGUCCGCAUCAGCGAGCAGCGGCGGCAGGAGGCGCUGGCGGCGGCGCGCGGCGCGGGCGGCGCGGGGCCGGCGCUGGACGCACUGGCCGCCCGGCUGAGAGCGCUCACCGCCGGCGUGGCGCGCGCCUACUGCCUGCCCCAAGACCAGCUGCAGCCCACCGUGUUCCACAACCAGGCCUACAGUCGCAGCGACAGCGGCGAAGCUCUCUCCAUAGAGGACGACCUGCCCCGCGGCGGUCUCCUGGCGGCCGUGGCCAAGGCGCUUCGCACGGCGCCCGCAGUCACGCCGGCUGAGGAAGACAAGUCUCGCGCCUCGGAGGAUAAUGAUAUAUCCGCCGAUCUGCUGGAUUCGGAGACUGAGCCGUGUUUGGUUACUGAUCCUGAAUGCGCAGAAGAAUGGUGGUCGGGCGCGGAGAACGCGUGGAGCGGGUCGGAGCUGUCGCCCGUGCGCGACGAGCCGCGGGACGCCCCGGGCGAGGCGCGGGACGCCCUCCGCGAUGAGAGGGACGAGAGGGAUGAAGACUGCUCUGUGAGCGAGAGGGAGUCGCUGAGGAACCUGUCUGCUGCUAUCGCUAAUAGGCAGAGAUCGGAAGCGGAGGACGUAGAAAGGGGCUCUCUCCUCGACCGCGUGCUCUCCAUCGACAACCGGCUGACGGAGCUGCUGCGCGCGCUGCGGCUGGCGGCGGCGGCGGCCGCGCACUCCGACGACGCUGACUCCAUGCGCCUCGCUAAUGCUUUGAGAGACAAACUAGACGUGACGGAGAAGAACGUGGCGGACGUGGUGGUGGCCAAGCUGGCGGAGCUGGACGCGUCGCGCCGCAUGCUGGACCAGUACCGCGGCUCCGUCGAGAUGCUCAAAAAGCAGCUGGCGCAAUCCGGUGAAGAAGACCUAGACAUGUUAGAAGAAGAGCUCCGCACGUGCAGCUCGAGCGAGCGCCGGGAGCGCUACGAGGCUCUGGACGCGGCGCUAGCGGCCCUAGCUGCGAGGCCCCGCGUGGGCGCAUGGGGGCGCCUGGCCGCGCCGCGCGCCGCGCUCGAGCGCCUCGCCUUCGCCGUGGCCGCCGCGCCGCCGCCGCCGCCGCAGCAGCCGCUGGCGAGUGCAACUGUGCAUUCUACUGCUUGAAGAUGUUGUUGGUUGUGAAUGUCAGGCCGUGUCUACGACGCUAGCGGGCGGAGUGGCGGCACAGAUUAAAUACUAGUAUUUUUCCGGUUCCGUACCUCAUAAGGAAAAAAGGACCCUUAUAGGAUCACUUUGUUGUCUGUCUGUCUGUGUGUCUGUUUACUCAAUGGCGGAGAUUUGUACGUGUGUACGCCAUAGAGUAAAUAAUACUAAGUGCGUCGUCGUCCGCCCGCUGGCGUCGUGGACGUGGCCCCACUUUUGCGUGCAUUCAUGCACAACAUAGUAGUUAUUGUAUUAGGAUGAGAAGGAAACGCAUGUGGAACGCAUGAUAAUUUCGGAAAUAUGUGCGUAUUAAAAUCUUUCUCAGAGCGUUCACGGCUUUCAGCGUAUUAGCGUAUAUCUAAAAAAAAACGUGCAACAGAGACUGUUUCUGAUACCUACGAUGUUAUGCCGAGGCGUUUUGCCAAGUCGUGCCGGUUACCUAGUUGUACGGUGCGAUGUCGCGUUUGUUCCGAGUAUCGCACGUGUCGCCACUACCGCAGCCUUAUUUGUAGUGAAAACUACUUUUAAAGUUGGUCAUGUCUACUGUCUUAGUUUUAGGCGAUUUAGAUAUUAUGUACCUAUUAGGUACUCAAUAAUAUUUUCUUCCGGUCAUUCCAAUGUCCGUUUAAACGCGAGAAUGGAAACAAUCUCUUCUCUUUGCUUUUAUUAAAAUUAACUUCUGAGAAUCGCGUAUGUCACCAACUUAUCAUUAUAUCAAUUAGAAAGCAAUACGAUUAAUAAGUUAAUGACUAUUUUACCAUCGAAGAUCUUCAUUUUUAUUUCAUACAACUUUUAACGGUUUAACCUUUUCAAAUUAGGUAGUAUUCAAUUCAAUCAUUGUGUGUUUUCUUUCUGCAUAUUACCUAUUAGGAUUUCAUUGUUUUUUUUUUUACAUUUAAACGUAAAACUGUGUCUUAUCUUUAAAUCAUGAUUCAAAGUUUCAGGGUUUUAGCUCUCUUUUAAAUCGUUCAAUGUUUUUUUCUUAUUAUCAAUGUGUGAUCUGACUAAAUGGAGAGUGGAAAAAAGUCUUAUCAAUCUUGAUAAAAAGAAUAAAAUAGCUAAAAACUAUAUGAACCCAUAUGUCUAAGCUUACCGGUUAGAGUAGAAUUUAGAAUGAUCACAAAUUUAAUUCCAAUACUUAACGCCAAUUAGAAUUAAUGGAAUUCACUAUCGAUUCUUAUAACAUGAACAAAAGUUUAACGCAUUUCUCAGGUUUGUGACAGAUAUAAGGUAUUUCGGGAAAGAGUCUAGAGAUGAGACGGUAGAUAUUUAACAAAAUACUUUAGUUCUGUAAUUUAACGCACAACACUUGUCUGCUCUCUAUGCUCUCUCCAAAAAUAAGCGAACCCCCUGAGGCCUGCAGUUAAACUUUUGUUUCAAAACAUUUGAAAUGUGUUCAUCUAAUUAUAAAACUCACAAAACAUUGGUCACACGGUAUUUAUAAGAUUUAAAAUUUAGAUAGAUAAAAGAAAAACGGUUAUUUGAAAUGAUUGUGCAUGAAUGAAGUUAAUUGAGACUGUAUUUAAAUUUGUAAUGAAUUAAAGAUGGAUUUAUAAGGAGUCCGUCCUAGGGCUGUAGCGUCCAAGGGCUGGACCCCUAUAGCCUGCGAUGGGAUGUUGUAAAAGAAAAAUGAUGUGUGUCAAACGUUUACACUUUUGACUUUAGGAAAAUGCCUGAGAAAUAAGAGUGUCCGAGAACUCUCCAAUAUUUCGAGCACUUCCUUAGUUUAGUAAUAAUAUUAUAAAAAUUGCCAGUUAUCAUAUAACAAAUGUCACAUUAUUACCUAUCUUUAAAAUUAUAAAUAAUUAUUAUGUAAGUAUUGAAAUAUGCAAGUAGAUAGUGAGGAAUGCUCUGCUGUUUGAUCUCAAGGGUCGGUUAUCAAAUUCCUUCUUUAUACUUUCCAAGCCAGUGUUUCAUUCCUAUCAAAGCAUUUAUUUACUUGUCAUAUGGCGCGACAUUAAAUUUUGUAUUAAAUUAUUAACUAUUUUAUUAAAAUAUGCUUAUUGCUCUUUUCCUUGAAUGAUUCAGUGUGACAUUGUAUUUCCUAAACAAAGUAUUGUUAGUGCCAUUAGUCAGUAGGUCAAUUAAAGCUGGUUCUGGGUGCAACAACUCUUCAUAUUAUUUUUUUGUUAUAAAAAAUCUUGAUCACAGGUCUUAAUGUUUAUAUUGUAUUAUGUAAAUAAUGGUAUUAUGGAUGGUACUUUCUAAUCAAAAAAGUUAUUUAUUGUGAUCUAGUCAAUAUUUUUUAAUUCGUUCAAAGUAAACUACUACUACUUAUGUUUUUAAUAAAUAAUAUCGAUAAUUAUGUUAUUUUCCGAUUUCUAGUUACCACUUUUAGAUUGAUUUUAAAAUGUGGUAACUUUGUAUGUAAACAGUCAUCCUUUUUGUAAUGAGACUGAUAUUGUAUUUUGUUGAAAUAAGGUUUGGUUUGAACGAGAAAAAUCAGUGCUAGGAAUAAUUGAAAUUUUACGCAAAGCUGACUAUUUGCCUAUUAAUUUCAAGAUAUUAUUUUUAAUAAUAGUACAAAUAGCAUACCACAUUCAGUGUAAGUGCUUCGUCCAUCCAUAGAUAUUGCUUGCUAUAGAAUAUAAGAUGUAAUGUCAUAAGAAUAAUAAUAUUUUACCUACUCAUCAGUGGGUUAAUCGAUAUUGUGCUUGCAUAAUAAUAAUUGAAAUGUACUGUAAAAUCAUGUGAUGUAAAUAUAAUAGACAUGUAAAUAAAUAUUAAAAAUAA